AUGCUAUUACACCUCAAUCGUCCCUCACCGAGCUUCAUGAUUCCUUCACAAAACAUGGUUACUAUAUGCUCUCAUGCAUCAAGUAGCUGUUUGAGUGAGUGGGAGGCCAUUGUUGCUGAUCAUGGAAUAAUGGCGAUUUGUCGAUGCUAUCGACAGUUUCAUGACAUCUUGAUGGUGGGCCUCGCGCGCCUAUACUGUGACUGGCAUAUACAGAAAGUAGCACCACAUUCAGUCAUUACUCUUUGCUCUGAGGAGGCCGCCAUAUGUACAAGUCUCCUUGAACAGAGCAUUACCGGUCUUCGCAACUCCUCACUCAACAAGUUCCUCAAUCUUUUCAAUAUUUUGAGAUCAAAGAUAUACAGCAUUACCGACAACCAUAUGGAUGUGGAUCCCACUGGAUCAGUUAAUGCUAUGAAUACAACUAAUUGGUCUUCGGAGAAUACCCACCAACAUUUAUCCAACCCGCAGGCCGGGCUAACGACUCACUUGGCUUCUCUGGACAACAACAACAACGACGACGCGGAAGAGCUGCGACUUGGAUCUGAUGGCUUGAAUGCAUAUCUGUCCCAAAUUUCAAACAUCUUUGACAAUGAAACGCUUGAUUCAGAUGAGAUGCUGACGGCAUGGUACGGGUCUCUUUUGAAUGAUAUUGGUGAUUCGGGGGACCAACCAACAACUGGGUUGUAG